CCGUCUAUAUAUGGUGACGGCUCUCAUCUUCGUAGGAGGAAGGACAGAAAUGGCAACGGCUAGGAUGGAAAGGGAGAGGGCAUGUGUAACUGGAGCCACAGGAUAUGUGGGGUCCAUGCUCGUUAAAAGCUUGUUAGAGAAAGGGUACGCCGUCAACGCCACCGUCAGAGACCCAGCAAAUAGCAAAAAGGUGGCCCACCUCUUAGAUCUACAAGUCUUGGGUGAUCUAAAAAUUUUCAAGGCAGAUCUCACGGAGGAAGGCAGCUUUGAUGACGCCAUCAAUUGUUGUGAUUUUGUCUUCCAUGUGGCAACCCCAAUGAACUUCCAGUCUAAAGACCUAGAGAAUGACAUGAUCAAGCCAACUAUCAACGGGACAUUGGAAAUUCUGAAAUCAUGUGUGAAAGCGAAGACCGUGAAGCGUGUGGUCUACACAUCAUCGGUGGCUGCUGUGGCGCGGAAGAAGCUCACUGGGACAGGCCAUGUCCUUGAUGAGGAGAGCUGGUCCGAUGUUGAGUAUUUGACUUCUGAGAAGCCACUAUCUUGGGGAUAUGCAGUAUCAAAAACCCUAGCGGAGAAGGCAGCAUGGAAAUUCGCUAAAGAAAACAACAUCAGUCUCAUCACCAUUAAUCCUGGUGUCAUCACGGGCCCAUCUCUAACUCCAGAGGUCCCAGUGACCGUCGGCAUAGCUCUGUCUUUGCUCACAGGGAACGAAGUCGGGAUCAACUUUUUGAAAAGCAUGCAGCAGAUGUCGGGAUCAAUCUCUAUCGUACACGUGGAGGACGUCUGUAGGGCCCACAUCUUUGUAGCGGAGAACGAAUCGGCUUCCGGCCGUUACAUAUGCUGCGCUGCCAAUACGCGCGUACCGGAUCUUGCAAAAUUCCUCUCAAAACGAUAUCUACCGUACAAUCUCCUCACUGAUUUCAGUGAUUUUCUGGUGAAUAUCGAGUCGAUCAUCUCCUCCGAGAAGCUGAUUAAAGCUGGAUUUAGCUACAACUAUGGGAUGGAAGAGAUGUACGAUGAAUCGAUGGAGUACUUGAGGGCCGUUGGAUUGUUGGCCAAUUGAGAGCUCUCUCUUCUUCUAUCCUCCUGCAAACUACACUUUUAAAAUUGGUAUAAUCCCUAUUAAAGAAGAGCUACUGUGGAUGUAAUAUCUGAUUAAUCACUUGUAAUAAGAUGAAUGUGUGGGUUACCAAACAUUUGAUGCCCUAAUCACAUUUACCUGGCUGUUUAGGCC